AUGAGUGACGUCAUGUUCAGAACAGGUUUACAAAACUUGGCAGCAUCAGAAAGCACAUUUAAUCUAUCUAUCUAUCUAUCUAUCUAUCUAAACCUAUUCUUAUCUCUAUCUAUCUAUCUAUCUAUCUAUCUAUCUAUCUAUCUAUCUCAACCUGUUCUUAUCUAUCUAUCUAUCUAUCUAUCUCAUCUUAUUCCUUCCUUCCUACCUACAUAUCUAUCUAUCUAUCUCAACCUAUUCUUAUAUCUAUCUAUCUAUCUAUCUAUCUAUCUAUCUAAACCUAUUCUUAUAUCUAUCUAUCUAUCUAUCUAUCUAUCUAUCUAUCUAUCUAUCUAUCUCAACCUGUUCUUAUAUCUAUCUAUCUAUCUAUCUAUCUAUCUAUCUAUCUAUCUAUCUAAUCUAACUAUCUCAACCUGUUCUUAUCUAUCUAUCUAUCUAUCUAUCUAUCUAUCUAUCUAUCUAUCUAUCUAUCUAUCUAUCUCAACCUGUUCUUAUCUAUAUCUAUCUAUCUAUCUAUCUAUCUAUCUAAACCUAUUCUUAUAUCUAUCUAUCUAUCUAUCUAUCUAUCUAUCUAUCUAUCUCAACCUGUUCUUAUCUAUCUAUCUAUCUCAUCUUGUUCCUUCCUUCCUACCUUCAUAUCUAUCUAUCUCAUCGGGUUCCUUCCUAUCUAUCUAUCUAUCUAUCUAUCUAUCUAUCUAUCUAUCUAUCUAUCUAUCUCAUCUUAUUCCUUCCUUCCUUCCUACCUACAUAUCUAUCUAUCUAUCUAUCUAUCUAUCUAUCUAUCUAUCUAUCUAUCUAUCUCAUCCUGUUCCUUCCUACCUAUCUAUCUAUCUAUCUAUCUAUCUGUCUAUUUAUCUCAACCUGUUCUUAUCUAUCUAUCUAUCUAUCUAUCUAUCUAUCUAUCUAUCUAUCUAUCAUCUUGUUCCUUCCUUCCUAGCUACAUAUCUAUCUAUCUAUCUAUCUAUCUAUCUAUCUAUCUAUAUAGCUGAUCCUGUUCCUUCCUAUCUAUCUAUCUAUGCAGUUUCUUCUUUAUUUAUUUAUUUCUUUGCUUCUUAUAUUCUUAUCUACUUUUUAUACUUUUUGCAUUGGCUUUUUUGGGGCAUUUUCUUCUUUUUUCGAUUCAUCUAUCUAUCUAUCUAUCUAUCUAUCUCAUUCUGUUCAGAUCUAUCUAUCUCACUAGCUAGCUUCUUUUUUCGUGAAGCAUUUUCUUCUUUUUUCGAUUCAUCUAUCUAUCUAUCUAUCUAUCUAUCUAUCUAUCUAUCUAUCUAUCUAUCUAUCUCAUUCUGUUCAGAUCUAUCUAUCUCACUAGCUAGCUUCUUUUUCGUGAAGCAUUUUCUUCUUUUUCGAUCUAUCUAUCUAUCUAUCUAUCUAUCUAUCUAUCUAUCUAUCUAUCUAUCUAUCUAUCUCAUUCUGUUCAGAUCUAUCUAUCUCACUAGCUUCUUUUUUCGUGAAGCAUUUUCUUCUUUUUUUCGAUUCAUCUAUCUAUCUAUCUAUCUAUCUAUCUCAUUCUGUUCAGAUCUAUCUAUCUCACUAGCUAGCUUCUUUUUUCGUGAAGCAUUUUCUUCUUUUUUCGAUUCAUCUAUCUAUCUAUCUAUCUAUCUAUCUAUCUAUCUAUCUAUCUAUCUAUCUAUCUAUCUCAUUCUGUUCAGAUCUAUCUAUCUCACUAGCUUCUUUUUUCGUGAAGCAUUUUCUUCUUUUUUCGAUCUAUCUAUCUAUUAUCUAUCUAUCUAUCUAUCUAUCUAUCUAUCUAUCUAUCUAUCUCAUUCUGUUCAGAUCUAUCUAUCUCAUAUUUUCUUCUUUUUUCGAUCUAUCUAUCUAUCUAUCUAUCUGUCUAUCUAUCUAUCUAUCUAUCUAUCUAUCUCAUUCUGUUCAGAUCUAUCUAUCUCACAUUUUCUUCUUUUUUCGAUCUAUCUAUCUAUCUAUCUAUCUAUCUAUCUAUCUAUCUAUCUAUCUAUCUAUCUCAUUCUGUUCAGAUCUAUCUAUCUCAGUCUGUUCAGAUCUAUCUAUCUAUCUAUCUAUCUAUCUAUCUAUCUAUCUAUCUAUCUAUCUAUCUAUCUUUUUAUCUACCUAGCUACUUUUUCUGUCUCAAUCUGUUCGUAUCUAUCUCAGUCUGUUUAUAUCUAUCUCAGCCUUUAUCUAUCUAUCCAUCUAUCUAUCUCGAUCAAUUCGCAUCUUUCUGAAUCUACUAUUUUUCUAUCUAUCUAUCUAUCUAUCUAUCUAUCUAUCUAUCUAUCUAUCUAUCUAUCUAUCUAUCUCAUUCUGUUCAGAUCUAUCUAUCUCAACUAUUUCUAUCUAUCUAUCUAUGUCUCUAAGACUAUUUCUAUCUAUCUAUCUAUCUAUCUAUCUAUCUAUCUAUCUAUCUAUCUAUCUAUCUAUCUAAGACUAUUUCUAUCUAUCUAUCUAUACUAUUUCUAUCUAUCUAUCUAUCUAUCUAUCUAUCUAUCUAAGACUAUAUCUAUCUAUCUAUCUAUGUCUCUAAGACUAUUUCUAUCUAUCUAUGUCUCUAAGACUAAUUCUAUCUAUCUAUCUAUCUAUCUAUCUAUCUAUCUAUCUAUCGUUGUUUGUUAUAUUUCCUUUUCACUCGAUCGUCGGCUACGCAGAAAAGAAAAUGUCUAUUUGUACAUCAACGACAAACACGUUGACACAAAAGACCCCAUCCCUUAUCACCAAAUCUUACUUUCUUUUGGGUUUUUCAUGACCAUUUAUUCAUUUCUUAAUUUCUUCUCGGGAAUUCUCCUCCUUUUCCUUUUUCUGUCAGUUUCUCCAUACUUUUCUCUUUUGCUCUUCGGUCAUUUUUCGGAUACGCCUUUUUCGGUUUGGUUUUUUUUUUUUUUCUUUCUUUUAAUCUAUUAUACUUUUCUCUUCCUCCUCUUCUGCCUUUUUUUUUACCUCUUUGCUCAGACUAAUUUUCUUGUAUUGUUCUUUGACUUCUUCAUUUUUACCUGCUUCAUCGACUUGUUGUCUAUUGAAUCUAUUGAAAUUAUAUCCGCCAUUUUAGAUAUUACGGAUUUUCUUCAUGCUGAUCAUUUGCUUUUUCUUUCUAAAUUUUUACUUUCUAUUUUUCCUUCCUUUUAUAUAUUUCCUUCUUCAAUUUUUUUCCCACCUUUGUCUUUCUUACAAUAUUUCUUCCAUCAAUCUUCCAACCUAUUAUCGUCUUCUUUCAUCUUUCUCGCCCUCUCGUCUGUCUUCUUCAACAUCCUCUUUUUCGCCUAA